AUAUAAAGCACCCAACCCGAAAAGUUUUCUUGCAAGUGAUUAUAGCAAGUUUAUUUCCGAUCAAACUUCUUUUUCUUUCUUUUUUUUCCUGCUCCAUUCUUCAUAUACCAGCCAAUAUCAUCGUUGGCAAAGUGGUCACCAAAAACAAUAAGCUUUAACGAAUGCAGGAACAUAAGCAGCAGCAGCAUACAACAAUUACCAUAGCGCCGACCCCCGAAAUUGCAAAUUAUGCAAGACGCACGAACGAUCACGACGACGACGAUGACGACGCCCAAACUGUGCAUGAAGGCGAGCCUAAGCGAUUACCACUACGACGUGCAGAUUCUGAAGUAACAGCAACUGUUAAGGAGCCGCCGCUCACGACGACGGACCGACCAUGGUACACCAAAGAUCUACUUAGCAUAGGCAAAAAGGAACAAAUUCUUGAUCCGAGAGAUUAUCCGAUGGUCAAAAAAUCGAUGAUCUUGCUCGUUGUAGCGGUCGCUGGAACCAUUUCACCUGUCGCUACCACGAUUUAUUAUCCAGCCAUUGUUGACAUGCAAGUUGCGCUCAACACCACAGACACUUCUAUGAACGCAUCACUCUCUGUCUUUACAUUUGUCACUGCAUUCUUUCCUCUCCCUUGGUCAAUGCUAGGCGACCGAUAUGGACGCCGACCCAUUUACCUUGCAUCGUUUUUCAUCUCAGUCAUUGGCAGUAUAUGCUGCGCUGUAUCUGUUAAUAUUGGUAUGUUCAUUGCUUUCAGAGCCAUCAGUGCGAUUGGCUCCUCUUCAGUAAUGUCGAUGGGCGCUGGUACAAUAAGCGAUAUCUUUGAGCCACAUCAACGAGGACGUGCAUUUGCCUAUUAUACAUCUGGUCCAUUAUUAGGCCCUGCUAUUGCCCCAAUCAUUGGCGGCUACCUUAAUGAAGGACUCGGUUGGAGAAGCAACUUUUGGUUCUUGGCCAUUUUCGCGUUUUGUAUCUGGGUUGGUAUUCUCUUGGUCUUGCCAGAGACAUGGAGACCGUCUGAUAAAGCGCUUUUUCAACAAAAAGAGCAAGACAUCCAAGAGAAACAGCAGCAAGGUCCAUCCACCCCGCCAGAAAAGAACGCCACGUCAAAGACCAUAAAAACGAAGACGAACUUCGGUGCACUUUUAGGACCACUUCAGCUAUUCCGUUUCCCAAACAUAAUGCUUGCCAUAUCUUUCGUAGGAAUUCUCUUCCUUGUAUAUUACCUCAUCAAUACGAAUUUCACUCGAAUUUAUACAAACCAAUAUGGCCUCGACUCUGGCACAGUUGGAUUGUGUUAUCUCCCCAUGGCAGCUGGAGCGAUUAUCGGUGGCCUUGCCGGUGGCAAAUUUUCAGAUACGACGUACAAGAAGCGCGUGAAAAAAGUUAAAAGCACCGAAGAAAUACGUGCUGAAAUGCGUCUUGGUGGCCCGGUUUUUUAUGGCUCUCUGGUACUGCAGCUAUUUGCAUUCAUUGCUUUUGGCUGGUGCAUAGAAAAGAAUGUCCACUAUGGCGUCGGUCUAGUAUGCUUGUUCUUUGUUGGUCUUGCUCUUAUGAUACCCAAUGUUACGGUCUCUGCCUACCUCGUAGAUUGCUUCUCGAAACAAGGCGCUGCAGUCACUGCUUGCAAUAAUUUUGUACGUUACAUUAUGGCUGGUAUUGGCUCACUCAUUGCUUCCGAUAUCCAACGCGCAUUAGGCACUGGUAUUCUUUAUACUAUUUGUGGUGCUGCCAUGCUUUUAAUUUCGGCCAACAUGGUUGCUAUUCGCAUUUAUGGCAAGAAAUGGGCCCAAAAGAGAAAGGAAGCAGGCCUAUAAUGUAGACUGACUUCAUAAAAAGCAUACAUCAUUAUCAUUACAACCUUCUACACAACUACAGCCGAUAGAAAAUCAAACAAUCCACCUUUUCCGCAUCUAUACACUUCUGCUACUACAUUCUCAUUCUCAUUGUAUUAUCUCUUUUGCAUCCUACUACUACUACUACUACACGCAUAUUUGUAAAUAUACUCUAACAACAUACUUGGAAAGAAAAAGCACACUUUAACCUUGUAAUUUAUUGCAGUUUUAAAAAACUUCCAGUAUACUACUUUGAUG